UAACUCACGAACAAGAACAAUUACUUAAUAUUGAUUAUAAGAAAUUGACAGUCCAAAAAAAUUUGAAUGAUGAACUUGAACGAGAAAUUAGACUUCGUCAACAGCUUAAAUCAUUAUGCAAUUCAGAAACUAAUAUGCUAGAAUAG